UUUGCUAGCCUGACUGCUGUGCGAAUGCUCAGCGUGGCUUUAGUUAGUUUAUACAUUGAAUCAGUGAUUUGACAGAGUCAAGAAAAAGAAAACAUGGUUUCCAUAAACCCAACGGCGCACAAAUUACUAAAUUACGUUCCCUUUUUACUGGUUUUGAUUGAUCUUCGAUAUGAAGGAGUCAAUUGUGGAAAUGAUGGUGGAGUUGAGAACCAUCUGGAGAUGGGGAAGAAGCUUCUGGCUGCAGGGCAGCUGGCUGAUGCUCUCUCCCAUUUCCACGCUGCUGUUGAUGGAGACCCCCAAAAUUACAUGGCCUAUUAUAGGAGAGCAACUGUGUACCUAGCCAUGGGAAAAUCGAAAUCUGCAUUACCAGAUCUCAGCAAAGUGAUCGAACUUAAACCUGACUUCACAUCGGCGAGGCUUCAGAGAGGAAACCUACUGCUGAAACAUGGCAAACUUGAUGAAGCAGAAAGCGAUUUCAAAAAAGUGCUCAAAUCAAAUCCAAGCAGCAGAGAAGAGCAGGAGGCCCAGAGCCAGCUGAAGAAAGCUGAUGAAAUUCAGAGAAUGGUGGCUCAGGCACAGAGCGAUUUCAACCGCAAAGAUUACAGCUCUGCCGUCUCGUACCUAGACGUCAUCAUCGAUACAUGUGUCUGGGAUGCAGACUCCAGAGAGAUGCGUGCCGAGUGUUACAUCCAGCUGGGUGAAAUGGGUAAAGCCAUCAGUGACCUCAAAGCUGCUUCAAAGCUGAAAAGUGACAACACUCAGGCUUUCUACAAGCUAAGCACUAUCUAUUACAACCUGGGAGACCACGAGAUGUCCCUGAAUGAGGUGAGAGAAUGUCUUAAGCUGGACCCUGAUCACAAGCAGUGCUUCAGCCACUACAAGCAAGUUAAAAAACUCAACAAGCAGAUCCAGGCCGCAGAGGAACUGAUCCAUCAACAGCAGUACAGUGAUGCAAUUAGUAAAUAUGAAGCUGUUAUGAAGGCCGAACCAAAUGUUCCUCAAUUAUUACUUAACGCCAAAGAGCGCACAUGCCACUGUCUGUCUAAGGACCAGCAAACUGCCAAAGCCUUAUCAGUAUGCAGCGAAGUUCUGAGCUCAGAUCCUCACAACGUUAAUGCUUUGAAAGACAGAGCAGAGGCUUUGCUUCAGGAUGACCAAUUUGAAGAAGCCAUUAAAGACUUUGAGACUGCUAGAGAACACAGCGAGAAUGACCGUGAGAUCAAAGAGGGUAUGGAGAGAGCGCAGCGACUCCUUAAACAGUCUCGGAAGAGAGAUUACUACAAGAUUCUGGGCGUUAAGAGGACUACCCAGAAAAAGGAGAUCUUGAAAGCGUACAGAAAGUUAGCACAGCAGUGGCAUCCGGACAAUUUCCAGGAUCCAGAAGAAAAGAAAAAGGCAGAGAAAAAGUUCAUAGACAUCGCUCAAGCCAAAGAAGUUCUAACUAACCCAGAAAUGAGGAGUAAGUUUGACCAAGGCGAGGACCCCAUGGAUCCAGAGAGUCAGCAGGGAGGAGGGCAUCACCAGCACUUUUACGGAGGAUGGGAUCAGGGAUCCAACCCUUUCGGUUCUGGACCUUUUAAUUUCAAAUUUAAUUUUAACUAAAAAGUUUGGCUGAAAGGACAUAUGGAGGCUUGACGUGUCCUGGAAUCAGCCAAUGGAAACUGAGAAGCUGAUCCCGCCCACAUGCUUGGUUCUAUCAUCGAGUGGCUAAAUGCCCAUGUGUUGCUGUUCAGUGGUCAAGUGAUCCCACUUGCUGACUGCCAUUCUCCUUUGCAGAAUUUGUGUAAAAGCAAAUCUCUUUUAGGGAUGCAAAAGCAACGUCUAUGCUCACACGGACCUUUAUUCCCAAGAAUAGUUUGUACAUAGAAAACAACUCUAUUUUUCUAUGAAUCAAGUAUUGCUGUAAAUACUGAAAUAAAGAGAUAUGAAUGCUUAUUUAAAUGAA